AUGCGGCAGCCUCCAGCCCAGCGCCAACGCCAAGCCGACACAGGAACGCAACAAAAAGUCCUCGAGGCCGUACGUAGCCACGACGACGCCUGCCUGUUCGCCGUACCGCUGGACGAGACGAUGUGUCCGGGAUACUUCAGCACCGUCAAGGAGCCGAUGGAUUUGACCAUGAUCACCGAACGCGUCGACAAUGGUGCCUACACGUGCAAAGAGGCCUUCAUCGGCGACUUCAAGAGAAUGGUCGAGAACUGCGCCUUCUACAACGGGCUCGAGAGCGAGAUCGCCACCAAGGGCUACCGGUUGUGGGUGGCCAUGCUUGACGCCCUGCACACAGUCUGCUUCGACGACGACGAAGACGGUGAAGUCGACAGCAAUCGGGACAGUGACGUCAGUUCCGGUGCAGGCGCCGCGUGCUCGCCUGCCUCGAGACUGUACGUUCCGGAGCACGUGAGAAAGCCGAGACCGAACGCCAGCGACCAGCGGGAAGACGAGCGCACCAUGCCGAGGACUCUGCGCGCGAGCAGGAAGACGGCGGCGCAAAGGAAGAGCAGCCCGACCAGAGUCCAGGACGAGGCGGCCGAGGGCGAUGACGACGACGAGGACUUCGUGGCGCCCACAGUCAAGAGGCGCAGAGUAGGAAGGCCGCCCAAGGCGAGUAGGACAAGAGGCAGAAGGCGGGCCGCGUCGAAUGCGACCUCCCGUACGCCAUCAGUCGUCAAGAGUCCUGCACUCGAGGCACUCUCGAGGGCUACGCGCAAGGCUCUGGAGGACUCCGCCGACUUGACUUACGACAUCUGCCGCCUGAGCGGCGACUUCGAGGCGAACAGUGACGUGGCCGGCUACUUUCCCGAACUCAACAUCGCCGGCACACACAGCCACCCUUCCGACCUGCUUGCAAGGUUCGUGGGCUCACCGGAGGAAAGUGGUGGGUACACCAUCGCCGAAUCUCCGGAAGCGUCAUCGGAGAGUGAUUCGAACGACCGCAGCCGACACGUCAGCGGAGACUGCAGCAAUAACACGGAUGAACCGGUGAAUGCCACCGACGACGGUGAAGCAGGCGGAAAGCAAGUGGAUAGUCGUGACGAUUCGGGUUCCGACGGAAAUCGCAAUCCGGACUCAAAUGCUCCUGCGGCGGAAGUACAACACCUGGCGGGGGACACGGACACAACGCGCUCGGAUCGAAGCACAACGGAAGAUUUCGAUCGAGUUCUGGAAGAGACGACAACCACUGCAAGCACUGAAUUCCGAGUAAGCAGCAUCAGCAACGCAGCUGAAUGCGAAGAGCGAGUGAGUGACGUCUCUCGAGAAGGUGCGAAAGGUGGAGCGACGCAAGAGAUGGCACCGCCGAACACAGCCCGCCCGGGCACAAUGGCGUCGAGCAGCCCAUUCAUGGGCAACAGACAAGGAGCUUACGUACAGACGUCCGUUGCGACGCCUCCGAGGUGUCGCUCAGUUCCUCCUCUCCACUUCGUUGCUGUUAACAUGCGUCACGCAAUGAGAGUCCCCCGCUCGCCCGGUUCCUGUGGUCGCGACGACAGCGAUGCGAAUGCCACAGCUAGCGCGGAGCCUGCCGAAGAAGGUCGUUCGGCUGCGUCCUUAGGGAUUCGUGAGGACAGACCCAGCCUCGUUGAAAGUAGGGAAGCCAACGCCGAUCAUACAACGGCAAAGCCAGACGGAGAGUCAGAAAGCCGAGAGUUGAACAGCUGCAGAUCAGACGGUGAGACCGAAGUGACGAAAGACAGCUGCUCCGAUACUCUUUGUCAGGUCAUUGACGGAUGCACCGAUUCAACUGCUAGCACCGGCCACGUCGCCGCUGGUACGGACACCGACGCGGGAGAUAAGACCAUCGAGAUGUCGUCGGAAGGAAACGAAGAAACCAUCUUGCAGUCUGUGCACAGUGAGAAAACGACUGAAGAACAGGCGGGUGCAUCACUUCCGGCUGGCAACCUUUCUCCGGAGCGCAUCCAGGUGAGGGAUCGAUGGAUUACAAGGCUCCAGGGUGACCUCCAGGGAGCUGAGCAAGAGUUCUACUGCGGACUGGAUAGCCCAAAGUCAAGCUUCAGCUUUUCGUCUGGAUACCUUAGCGAAGAGGCCCUGUCGCCAUCCAUGCGGUAUCACAGCAGCUCGAGUCCGCUCCCUCAACUGUCUCCGUCUCGCCUGUCUCCGCUGCUGCCGACGUCGUGCCAACCACCGCAAAAGGAGUCGACUCCCCCGAUGCAGGCGGAAGAAGCGCAACCGUCAACCGAGCGAGAAGCAGCGUGUGAUUCGCAACCAGCUAAGGAAGUUCCACCGGUAGAUGCAGCUUCAUCGCGCGAAUGCUCGGUCGUUACGGACCAGCCUCAGCGCCGGGAGCCAACGGCACAACCGCGGUCGCCUCCAUUCGGGGCGCCGACGCCGCUGCAGAAGAUGUCCGCCCUAGUCGCCGAGAUACCGUCUCCGACCAAGAGGUACGGCGCCUUCUUCCCGUCUCCGUUUGUGCCGCCAACUACGUCUGUCAGCGCCACGUGUGGUGGCGGAGAUCAACUUCGAGACGGCAGAGACGGCGUGGCGUUUAGGGUGACAGAACUGCAUGCUAAGCAAGAUGUUAAGCAAGAGUAAUCGUCAGAAGCCGGUGAUUCCAGCAUUUCUAAACGAGGUUUCUACGACUCUGCCACCCUGUUGCCCCAAUGUGCUGAUGCUCUCUCAUGACUUUCAGUAUUCAUUAAACUAUCUCUC